CCGUUCACCUCCCUUCAUCGUCCACGUCGUCCACGAUGCUCACCUCGCGCGGCGUACACCGUCUCUCUCGUAGAGCGCUGCAGAGCGCGAAGAAGACCAACGCCUUCUUCUCCACCGCUGCUGCCGCGCCCAUCAUCGCGCGGGCUGCGUCCACUCCUUCCUCCUCACAACGCGCCCUCCCCCGCUACACCCCCACCAAGUCUGCGCGUUCGUACGCGACUGAGGCGAAGGGUAUUGCUGGCCACGUGAAGACGGUCAUUGGUGCCGUUGUUGACGUUCAGUUUGACACUGAGAACCUCCCCCCCAUUCUCAACGCGCUCGAGGUGCAGGACCACCAUGGUGGUCGUCUCGUCCUUGAGGUCGCUGCUCACCUCGGCGAGAACUCGGUCCGUACCAUUGCCAUGGACGGUACCGAGGGUCUCGUCCGUGGGCAGAAGGUUGUCGACACGGGUUCGCCCAUUCGGAUCCCCGUCGGCGCUGCUACCCUUGGCCGUAUCAUGAACGUCAUUGGCGAGCCCAUUGACGAGCGUGGUCCCAUCAACGGUGUCAAGCUCUCCCCCAUUCACGCGGAGCCCCCUCCCUUCGUCGACCAGUCGACGACUGCCGAGGUCCUGGAGACGGGUAUCAAGGUUGUCGACCUGCUCGCCCCCUACGCUCGUGGUGGAAAGAUCGGUCUCUUCGGAGGUGCUGGUGUCGGCAAGACUGUGUUGAUUCAGGAGCUCAUCAACAACGUCGCGAAGGCGCACGGUGGUUUCUCCAUCUUCUGUGGUGUCGGCGAGCGUACCCGUGAGGGUAACGACUUGUACCACGAGAUGAUUGAGACCGGUGUCAUCAACCUCGAGGGUGACUCCAAGGUCGCUCUCGUCUUCGGUCAGAUGAACGAGCCCCCUGGUGCUCGUGCCCGUGUUGCGCUUACCGGCCUCACCAUCGCGGAGUACUUCCGUGACGAGGAGGGCCAGGAUGUGCUCCUGUUCAUCGACAACAUUUUCCGUUUCACCCAGGCGGGUUCGGAGGUGUCUGCGCUGCUCGGUCGUAUCCCCUCUGCCGUCGGUUACCAGCCCACGCUGUCGACGGACAUGGGUGGCAUGCAGGAGCGUAUCACCACCACCAAGAAGGGUUCCAUCACCUCGGUGCAGGCCGUCUACGUGCCCGCUGAUGAUUUGACGGAUCCCGCCCCCGCGACGACCUUCGCUCACUUGGAUGCCACGACCGUGUUGUCGCGUUCCAUUGCUGAGCUCGGUAUCUACCCCGCCGUCGACCCCCUCGACUCCAAGUCCCGUAUGCUCGACCCCCGUAUCGUCGGUCAGGAGCACUACGACGUCGCGACUGCUGUCCAGAAGAUCCUUCAGGACUACAAGUCGCUCCAGGACAUCAUUGCUAUCCUGGGUAUGGACGAGUUGUCCGAGGAGGACAAGCUGACUGUCGAGCGUGCUCGUAAGAUCCAGCGUUUCAUGUCCCAGCCCUUCGCUGUCGCCCAGGUCUUCACUGGCUUCGAGGGCAAGCUCGUCCCCCUGAAGGACACCGUUCGCUCGUUCCGUGAGAUCCUCUCUGGCACGCACGACAACCUCCCCGAGUCGGCAUUCUACAUGGUCGGCACGAUCGAGGACGUCAAGGCCAAGGCCGAGCAGCUCGCGAAGGAGAUGGGUGACUCCGCAUGAGCAGCUUGAUCGACGGCGUUCGGACGACGGUGCACGCGUGUGUGAUACCGGUGGUGCAGGGCUGGAUCCUAUUACCUUAGACCUCGCAUUGCCAAUAAAAAUCCGCAUCUCGUAAUACAGCAUCGCUAUCCUCGCUCGCGUUGUCUUAUCCAUGGUCGGACGGUAUCAUAGCAAGUUGAAUACAUAUGGUUCUUGCAUGCAUGUUCUACGUUGUUGUGCCCAAAUGUAUACUGACUAAGGU